CUGUUUGUAUGUUUUCAGUGAUAUAGAUCUAGUUGUCAUAGAAAAGAAGGAGAUCUCCUUUCGAAUGUUAGAAAAGGCACUUUUAGAAAACAAUAUAGCUGAAGCACAUUCAAUAAAGGUGCUAGAUAAGGCUUCCGUCCCUAUCGUCAAAUUAACUGAUGCCAAAACUGACACAAAAAUCGAUAUUAGUUUCAACAUGAAUAAUGGAGUGAAAAGUGCAAACUUAAUAAGAGAUUUCAUGCACACUUAUCCAGUUUUGCCAAAGCUUGUUUUGGUUCUGAAACAGUUCCUCUUACAAAGAGAUCUAAAUGAAGUUUUUAUGGGAGGAAUUAGUUCUUACAGUUUGAUUCUUCUUACUAUUAGCUUCUUGCAGCACCUAAAAAACUUCUCCGAAAAUAAUCUUGGAAGUCUCUUAAUAAUGUUUUUUGAGCUUUAUGGCCGUCACUUCAAUUAUCGCAACACUGGUAUUAGCAUAAAAAAUGGUGGAGCUUAUUUCAUGAAAGAUGAGUACUUGAAUUCCAUGACGGAUGGUAACAGGCCAUCAAUACUUUGUAUCGAAGAUCCUCUCUUACCAGGAAAUGACAUUGGAAGAAGUUCCUAUGGAGCACUGAAUGUAAAAACAGCUUUCGAAUAUGCGUACAAAGUACUUAGUGAGGCUGUCCGUCCAAGCAACAGUUGUGUUAUUCGUGAGCAUAGCAUUCUAGGUCGUAUCAUACGCAUCACUGAUGAAGUUAUAGAAUAUAGGAAGUGGAUUCAAGAUACAUUCCCUGUCAACAGUCCUCUACUUCAUGCUUAUGAAGGAUAUCCAUCUGCCAUGUUUCCUCAUCAGUCAUUAUCACUUACAGCUGAUAUUGAGGAUAAAGUCAAAGUUAUAACUGGUGAAAUGAAUGGGACCACUCUUCAAGAGAACGAAGGAUGUAGCUCUUGUUCUUCUGAUAGUCACUCCUCUACACAUUCUUCUUGUAUCUCCAUGGGUUCCAGCAGUUCUGCUUCUAGCAUGGCAAGUGACACAGAUUCUGAUGUUACUUCCGAUAUUCUGGUGAACAAGCCAGAGUUAGAAAAAGAUGGCUGUACUCAUAACAAAGCAAACAAGACAAAGGUCCCAAAAUCUGUAAAUGAUGUGUCAACAACCUUGUCUUUGCCAUAUGGAGACAAAAGGUCAGCCACUUCUUAUGUACAUUAUAACAGUUCAUCGGAUAAUCAUUUCCAAAGUUCUAGUGAAAAAACGAAGCCUUUCAGGACAGAUACAAAGACUAACUCAAUGAAUGGCGUGUGGUUAAAGCAUAAGAAAUAUCUGCCAUCAACAUCUCAGAAUUACACCUCAGGUCCCAUGAGUAAUGGUCAUGUUGUUACUGGUGAAAAUAGCUCUGGCUUGAAUUCUGGUAUUCAUUUUCAUAGUUAUCACAAUAAAAAGAAAUCUGGAAAUCGCAAAGAUUCUGUAAAUGCCAACAUAUCGACAAGGAAAGAUGGUCAAGUAUUAAUGGGACGGUAGCAUAUAGUUAAAUACAUAGUACCUCUAGUCUUCCAACCACUUAUAAGAGCAAGUGGAAAUCGGUCGUUAGAGAUGUUAUUUGCAUGAGGUUUGGACAUUUGUCAUAAUAAGCAUGGACUGUAUUGAUUCUGGUACUCAUUGCAAGGAAGACCAGUGUUCCAUUCCAGCACAAUGAUGUGAAAUAUUCUGUGAUUAAGUGCUAUUGUGCAUGAUCAACUUUUCUAAAACAUGAUUAGCACCACAUGCUCUUUAACAUGACAUUGCCUGUUUUGUUUAUAACUUUCUAGCUGUGAUGAGACAUUGGAGAUUUUUCCAGUUUGUUAAGACAUUAUAAACUUGCUAAAAGAAAAUAUUCUAUUAUGACGCAGCUGUUACUUGGAUUUUUGAAAGCAGCUAAGAGCUGCCGUACCUUUCUUGGGUCCAUGUUGAUUCAAAUAGUCUCAAAUGACUUUUCUUUUUCCUGUGAAAAUUUCAUAUUUCUGUAAAAGUGUGUGUAAAUAUAUUUGUGUAUGUGUGUGUAUUUCAAUAGUGUACAAAAUAUGUGCCAUAUGAAAACAUUAAAUGCUACCAAGAGUAUAUGUAAUAGGUAAUUUUGUGGUUGAUAUCAUGGCUCAAAUGCCUAGUGCUCAUUUCUGAUGGUAACAUAAAUUAAUUGACUGUAUUUUCAUGGAAUACUUUGCUGAGUGUGCUGACAACUCUCUUGUCUUAUAUUCUAAAUGAAUAUCUCAAAUGCUACUUUGAAUACAAGCUUCGAUUCUUUUUCAUGCUGUUUGAGACAUUUUAUAUAAUGUUUUGAAUGUCAUUCAUGAUUAUAAUACCUAAAGACAAAAAAGGAAAAAAUGAAAAAAAAAAAAAAUUACAGAGAGGAGAUCCAUGUUUAUGUCAAAGUGCCUUCUAUUCUGUACUUUCAGCUUUCUAGAUAUUUCAUUUAUGGUGUUUUUUGCAUGUGCAUAAAAAAGAAAAAGAAAAAAAAAAGAGGAAAAACUAGUGCAUGUUUGGGUUGGCUUGAGUUUCAUGUUGUAGAAAGUCAUGUAAAUUAAGUGACUGAUUUUAAGUGUGCUUUUCAAUUAAUCCUGUAACUAAUAUAUUGUGUGCUGUUUCAAAUGUUUAAUUUAUCAAGUCAAAUUUUGGGAACAUUGUAAAAAAGUUUAAAAGUGUAUAUUUAAUAUUUUGUUAAGAAAUUUUCUAUUUAUUGCAUGAUGUUAUUAACGCAUUUUACAGACCAAGUUUAGGCUUUAUCUUAAACUCGGCAAAAUAUAUUUCAUCCUCUUUUAUUUGAGAGCCACUCCUAAGUAAAUGUGGAGCUCUUAUUCCUCGUAUUUUUAAAAUUUUUAAGGUUGCAUUUUUUAAUGACAUGCUUCAUAAACAUGUUAAUUUAGUAACGAAAAUGCAUUAGUAUUAUUUUAGAUAUUUUCAAAAACUUGAUGAGGAAAACAAUUUUUCAUUUUACCUAGAAUAGUAUUUUGUGAUGCCUCAGACAUGUAAGCAUAUCUGUCUUCACAAUCAGCAUAGGUAUGUACAGUUGUCCAUCCAACAAUCAGAUGUGGUCCUUUGGGUACACUUUUUUGUGAGGGGGUUGCAUCUAUUUUUUUAUUUUUAUUUUUUUUUCCUUUAAUCUGAUUUUUUAUGUGUUUAAUAUGGUACUUAGCUAUUGUUGGAGGUAAUAAAUGUACAGAAAAUUUUGCUUAUUUUAAAAACCUGUAAGGUGUUUUAAAUUAUUUUAAAAUAAUGUAGUUUUAGAUUUCCUGUUGUUAAUUGCUCUGAUUUAGAUUAAAUAGCCUCGUGUAAGUUUUCAUUCCGUUUCACUGUAUUCUCUAGAUGUUAUAUUGUAAUUUUGGCCUGUGUAGUAACCAACUUAAUUACGCUUUUAAAGUUUAACUACAGACUGUUAGACUUUAGAAGAUUUAUGGAAGUGAUCUCUUUUUCAUUGGACCUGCAUUUUAUGGAAAUUUUGUAAUAUUAAUUCUCAUCUCGUGAAUUUGUUUCAUUGUCAUGGAGUUGAAACAUCUUAAAUAUUUUCUGUAUGUCAUUUUCAUAUUUUUUUAAAUGUAGAUUUGAGAUACUUGUCCAGAAGUGUUCAAAUAUUGACUGUUUGGAAUCUUUGAAAUUCUAAGCAUAUUGAAGUCUGGUGUUUUAAAACAUCUUCAAAUUUCUUACAGAAAAAGCAUGCAGUCUUAGAUAAAAUUUAGAUUUUGUUUGUGAGCUUUAACAAAAUCCCGGUAGUUAAACUUUGUUUAUAUGAAUUUUAAUGACGUCAGUGAACUUUUUAUCUGGUCUCUUUUAUUAAUAAAUUUUCCAUCGUAAUUUUAUUAAUUUUCGCUAAAUGAACAUUCUGCUUUGACCUCUGUGCCUGUACUGAAUACUCAUUUUUAGUCAAGUGUUUAAUUAUUUAAUUAUGCUCAUUUAUAUGUGAUAUGGUCAUUGUCAGAAGUUCUGUGUAAAAAUGUUUGCCAUAUGUGUUUUGUGAUCUAGUUUUUUGUCUGUUCAUUAAGUUAUUUGUGCAUUUUAUGUAUUUGAUUUGUUUAUAUAUUUGUUACAUGAUUCAUUACAUGAUUCCAUAGUUUAAUGUUUGUAUGCAAACACUAUUGCACAUGACUAAGAAUUAUAUAAAUACUGGACGUGUGAGCCCAAUGUUAUGGUGUUAUUACAGCAUCACAUUACCUGGCAGAUGCUGCAUUGUUUUGCCUUCAUUUUUUAGGCUGUAUGCAAGAUGUAAUGUAUCUGAAUAUGUACUGACUAUAAAUUUGAAUUGUACAGAUUUAAAAAAGUGAAUAAAAAUAAAUUAAGAAAUCCAA